UAAAGCUUAUGAAAAAAGAGAUACUUCAACUUUUUGGAAACAUUUAAGAAGCAAACAUCUUGAUAAAAUUAAUGAUAUACUAGAAGAAAUUUCUGAACUUCUUGAAUUUAGUGAAGAAAUAUUUAAAAAAAAAUUAUUAAAUUGGAUAGUUACAGAUGAUCAAGCAUUUAUAUCAAUUGAAAAUCCCGCAUUUCAAGAAAUAUUAAAAUAUUUACGUUCUAAUAUUAAAAUAUCAUCAGCUGCUAUAAUUAGAAAAGAAUUGGAUAAAAAUUUUGAUAAAACUAAAAAAGAAAUUAAACAAGAAUUAAAAUUAUUAGCAAUUACUUGUGAUAAUGCAUCUAAUAUGGAUAAAAUGCUUCAGUAUAUUUCAAGCAAUAAAAAUAUUAAUUUUAAUAUAAAAAAUCAACAUAUUAGAUGUUUUGCACACAUAAUAAAUUUAGCAGCAAGGGAUUUAAUUAAAGAACUUUAUUUUAAAAUUGAAUUUUAUAAUGAUAAUGAUAUAUUAAAAGAUAAAGAUAUAGAAAAAUUAAAUAAUAUUAUUUUUAGA